ACGCGUUGCGCAAUUUAUCGGUCAUUCCGCUAAAAGACUUCAACAAAGUGACAGUAACGAGGCGUGAGGUAGUUCCUCUGUACCAUCUCGGUGAUCUUGCAGCGAAUUUUAGUCAGUUAAAUUAUUUGGUCAGGUUUCUGUAGAUCUUUCGUCGGGCAAACAAAAUGAGCAAAAAAUCGCCAAUCAAGUUUCCUGUAAAACCCCCUGGCCAAGCAAAGGUGUGGAACGUGAUCGAGUAUGUGAAAAAGAAUAGUAAGGAACCACCGGUGAAGAUUUUCAUUCAAGAAAUACCCGAGGACAGGUAUGAAGAAAUCCUCGAUCACAUGGGCACCUACUUCCUUGCCGACGAGCCCAUUUGCAAAAGCAUGAAUGGGGUAGACGACUCGGAGUACGUAGCAAAUUUUCGAAGUCUUUGGAAGGAUAUAUUGCAUCAAGGAUUGUCCGUAGGGGCGUUUGCGGAGGACCCUAAUGGCGGCAAACCAAUCGUCGCUGGUUGCAACGUGCUGGGAUUAUCUUUCGAAGGAGAACACGAGGAGUUUGAACAUUUCAAGACGGAAAAGGGGAAACGCAUAACGCGCAUUUUAAAUGAACUGUGCAAAGAAGCCGGCGUGUACAAGAAAUAUGGAGUAGACAGAUACCUGUCCGCCAUUGGCCUGUCCGUGGACCCGUCGUAUCGAGGAGCUGCUCUGGGCGCCCAUAUUCUUAAUGCCAGGGAGAAGAUAGGGAAAGAGUACAACAUCCCGGUAACAGCCACGAUGUUUACGUCGCCGAUUUCACAAAAGCUGUCCGAGCGUUGCGGUUUCGAGGUGCUCCUCGUGAGAAAUUACGAAGAUGUCCUGGACGAGGACGGUACACCAAUGUUUCCAGGCAUCCAGGCGAAACUUGUUACAGUGUCGGCCAAGAGGCUUUUUUAACUUGGAAGAUUUGAUUGUACAUCGCGUUCCACGAGACUACGAGACUCGUUUCAUUAUGAAAUCGGUAAACUUCGAGUCUCCGUUUCCGUAAAUUUCUUUUUGUUGUUGUUUUGUCUUUCGUGCUUCAGCAAUUACAUUGAGUUAGAAAGUAUUUUGUUUGGAAGUUACAAGCUUUUGUAGAAUAAGUACGAGAUGCAACUGCAUCAUGAGAAAUUGGAACUCGGCUUGAACGUGGAUGUUGCAAGCGGUUCCUUUGUGAGCUCGGAUAUCAGCUAAUAAUAAUUAUGACGUAGAAACGCACGUACAACAAUUUAUUGCGUGUUUCUUAAUCCUAACUGACAGCAUAAUUGAAUAGCACAGCAAAUGGUAUUGCGAUCGUUCAAUGCGCAACGAAGUCCCUAAGGCUAGGCGCGCAUUGAGCAGGUUGAAUGCUGCUUCGAUCAUCGUUUCAUUUCUGUUGCUGUUCCGUUCAAUUAUCGUUACAGAAUAAUCCAUUGGAAUAAUCGAACGUUUCUUAAUCUUUUCGCUUCAAUGUUAAUUUUUAGUUUUCUCAGACACUGUUAAAGUUCAUUUCCAGGUUAAUUAAAAAUUUACUAAACUACCAUUAUUCUGUUCUACGUGCAGAAGAGUAUUUCUUUCAAAGGAUCCAUAGUGACGGGUUGUCUUCGAGUUUAAUUUCCCGUUUACACGAACGAGGAAAUGAAAAAUUACGCUCGUUUCUCGUCACGCUAGUUAAUAACAAGUAACAAACGCUAGAGCAAAGUUUUCCACCGACGCAAUUUGCGACGGUUUGUCCCGUAGUCGGUUAAUUUGUCAGUUUUGUUCCCCUUCCGCGCGCGAAAACGACUUGUCGCCGGUAUAGUUUCAAGCGAUUCGCGCCCCUGUGAACGCUAUGACUGCCCUAUCUCCUUUCUCGGGGGUAUGCUGAUGUUCUAAGGAAGACGAUGCUUCCGAAGGGAAUCGUUUCUCGCUGACGUUUGCUGCUAUUAGCACAUUACAGGGUCCUUUCAGGGAUCGAGGCAGGUCUGAAACACUUAUUCAGAAACUCCCCACACCCCUUUACAGACUUCCCAAUAUAUUAUCCCUUUCAGGCUUGGAAUUUAGACGCGGAUUUAGCCAACAAUGGAAGCCACGAGUUUCGAAACAGCACAAUUCUCCGUUAAAUAUUACGAUCCUUCUUCUGAGAAACGUUUAUAGCUUUCUACUGUUUUCUAAAUCGCCAGAGAAACGUACAGUCAGUUUCGAUAAGCAAAAGUAACGAUAAUAAAAAGUGUCCUUUGAACGAUGCGUCCAGCAACGACGACGUGCCGCGAAUUAUCAAUUGUCCGUUGUAGGCUGUUCGCCUAACUGUUUAGUCAUCGAUGCGCGCCGAAAUGCGGGCUAUCUCGCUUCCGUUUGUUUCUGAUAAGCAAAGACAUUCGAAUGCAUUCGAGACUUGCGAGACUCGGUCGGCGACGUACGCGUUUCGACUGGCUAGCGAUCGGAUGCGGGCGCGUAAUUAAUUCGGUGCAGGUUUAUAACUGUUAGUAUUUGAUGUUUAAAUAAUUACAGUCCAUCGCAAAUAGCGAUACAUCUACGUAUUUUAUAUUGGAAUUGAAAUUAAACGACCAUCUCUUCCAUGCUCCCAUGCUCUCUGUAAAAGUUAUAUUUAUGAACUUUUCUGGUUUGCAUUAAUGGCUACUACAGUAGUCCAUCUAUUACACAUAUAAAUACACUGUAAUUCUUUUUUGAACGAUAAUAAUACCAUCAAUAUAUAAAUGUAUAGAAUAU